UUCAACAUGCCUCGACUCACUGUCGUUGUCCUCACAGCGGCACUCGUUAUGGGCACGCUCUCCUCGGUCGUCGCUGACGAGCCCUGCUUCUACAGCCACUCCAUGCCGUCCGCGUCGCCUCCCGACGCGCACAUUCUGGCAAACCAGGUGGCACUCUCCUGGGUCACCACGUACUCGAGUGAUGCUGAUGACUGCGACGAUGCCGACAUACGCAUCACCGUCUUUGGUGGUGAUGGCUCCCACAACGUGCCGAGCCUCAACUACAAGUCGAAGGGGGCUACCAUCACCGGGCUCAGCGAGGGAACUCUCUAUACCAUGAAGAUCUUCUCGUACGACGAAUAUGACGAUGGCGUGUACGAGAACUACCGGUCUGUCACGACUCGCCAGUUCCGCACUCAGUGUAGUGCUGGCAAGUACUGGUCAGGCUCGGGCUGCAUCCACUGCGGCCCGGACGCCUUCCGUGGCCCCAUCGACGGCUCCACCUACGGCACUUCCUGUACUCCCUGCCACUCGACGCGAUCUACUGACUCCAUCUUCGACGCCGGCAGCAUCGAAGUCUGCCGCUGCCGCCCGGGCCGCGAGCCAAAGACUGGCACCACUGCUUGCUCCGACUGCCCGCUCAACUACUACAAAGCUGGCAUCAACGACAACGCUUGUCUCCCAUGCCCGGCCUCCAAGAUCACCACCAACACCCGCUCGAGCAGUGGCAGUGCCUGCCUCUGUCCCGCGGGUAAGUUCUUCAACGCCGCAGUCUCCCCGGUCUGUCUCGACUGCCCGCGCAACACCUUCAAGGCCUCGGUCUCGGACGCCACCGCCUGCACCUCGUGCACCGACGUCGGCAAGCAUGUGACCCUGGCUCCCGGCGCAAACGCUAGUUCGGCCUGCAUGUGCAAGCCAGGCACCCGCGUCGACGGCUCGACCUGCGCCCUGCUCCGCCUGCCUUCCGGGCGAGUCACGCUUCUCGACGGCGCAUCAUCACCGGACAACUGUACUGACUGCGCCGAUGGCUUCUUUGGCCCAUCGUGCUCACCGUGUCCAGCUUGCAUCUCCCCAUCGACGUGCAUCGACGGCAUUGACGGCUCGGGCAGCUGCACGUGCGGUGCAAAUGGGCUCGAGCCCGCGGCAUGCACCGAGUGUAAGCACACCGGGUUCUGGGGCCCAUCCUGCGACCAGCCCGUCAACUGCGUCAAUGGUCUACCCUCGCACGGCUUUACCGGAACCGGCAACUGCAUCCGCUGCCACUCGUCCCGCUGGGACUUUGACCUCGAUCCGACUUGCAACACGUGUGCAGAACCCAACUCGCUCGUCGCCGACUGCUCGACCUGCGCCGCCGGCUGGGGCAAUGGCGAUGGCGGUCGAUGCUUUCCCUGCCCCGUCGGCCACUUCAAAGACACCAUCGGGCCGUACUUGCCGUGCCGGGCAUGCGGGGCCGGCUCUGUCCAGCCGGCAACCGGCGCAACGUCGUGCCUCGCCUGCGCCCGCGGUACAUUCCAGCCGACAGGCGGCAUGACGGCGUGCUUUGACUGCCCCGCCGGUACCUCUACGCCUGGCCCCAACACCGCCAACGCAAUCCAGUGCCUUGGCUGCGUCCUCGGUGAGUACAAGGAGCACCCCGGCGAGGGGCUCUGCCUCACCUGCCCGGGUAACCUCACCACACUCGUCACCGCAUCGACCGACCGCUUCGACUGCUCCUGCCCCAUCGGAGAGGGCGUGGUCAACGCCACCGCGAGCCAGUUUGAUUCGGGUUACUGCGCACCUUGCGCACCGGGCUUCACCUCGCCGGUUGUCGCCUACGCUCCGUGUGAGUACUGCGGCGAGGGCCGGGUCUGGGUCGGCGCCCGCACUGCCUGUCUCUCCUGCCCGUUUGGUGGGUAUUGCGCCGGCGGCACCGCGGGGCCAGUUGCCAACGGCGGCUUUCACCCCAUUCCCGGCGUCGCCGGCGCGUUCGAGACCUGCACUCCGCCCGAAGUCUGCCUCCUUGGCGGGCGUUGCCGGCUUGGUCACGCCGGGCGGCGGUGCGCGUUUUGCAUUCCGGGCUGGAUCAAGUCGCCGUCGUCGGGCCUCUGCGAGAAGUGCCCGUCAUACAUCCCGUACGUCUUUGUGGCGCUCUCCAUCAUCGGUGCCUGCGUCCUCGUCUUUCUCGUCCGACUUGCCCGCCGCAACGCCUCGAUGCUCUCCGCCACCUCGGUCGGCUUCAACUACCUACAGCUCAUCGGCGUCCUCGCCUCGUUCGACCUCAAGUGGCCGGCAUGGGUUCAGCGGUUUUUUGAGCUUGUCUCGGCCGUCAACGUCGACCUGCAAGUCUUCAAGCCCGAGUGUCUCGCCUCGAACUCUUCCACUGCCUACCGCACCAUCUGGGGCGUCAAGCUCGCCUCGGCGUGGAUGUUGUGGUUCAUGCUCGCCGUCGGCUACCUCGCCAUGAUCGGCUACUCACUCGUCAUCGUCGAGUCACACGCGUUCCAGGCCUCGGUCGCCGCACGGACCUGGGCUUCAUGGCUCCCCUCGCUCCGUGCGCACAACCUCGGGCACAUGCGCAAGGCUUGCAUCAACGCAGCGGUCAUGGUUGGCUUUGUCCUCUACCUUCUCGUCACCAAUACCGCUCUCGAGAUCUUCCCCUGCACCAAGCAGUCGGACGGCAAGUACACCAUGAACCGCGAGCCGCAGAUCAUUUGCUACUCGUCGCAGUGGCGCCGCCUCCUCGGCGGCUCGCUCUUCACCCUCUUCUUCUUCUCCAUUGCCGUCCCAGCCACCCUCGGAUGGCUCCUCUUCCGCCGACGCGAGUCGCUGUGGAAGCGCAAAAACCUCGCCCGCUUUGGCCUCAUGUACCUCCGCUACAAGCCCACUUUUUACUUGAUGGAACUCGGCGUGCUCCUCCGCAAGUUUGGCGUCGUCGUCGGCAAGGUUGUCUGGGCCGUCCUUGUCGUCAUCGCUGCUUUGAUUGCCCAGCUCCGCUGGCACCCGUACUCGUCGAUGCGCAUUAAUCGCCUCGAGUCGGUCAUGCUCUUCUGUGCCAGCCUCGUCCUCUUUGGCGCCUUUAUCUUUGCCGCGUCGGGCGGCAGCCUCGCCUCGGGAGCCUCGGCCUUCUUUGGCGUCUUUCUCAUCAUCGUCGUCGUCGUUUCGAUCAUUGUCAUCUUCAUUGCCAUCGGUCUGGAGAUCCGCAAGAUCCGCCGCCUCCGCGCCCACGGCGUUGUCGGCCGCUACGCCCUCGACUCGCUCGACGUCUGGCCAGUCUUCUUCGACAAGGGCAUCCGGGUCUCGGACCAUACCCAGAUCCAAGUCUUCAACGAGGACGUGGCCGCCGCCGCCGCCGCCACCGGCGACUUUUCCUUCCCGCCCACCUCGUCGAACAUCCUCAUGACCUUUACCUCGGACGUGCCUGUCCGCCUCGAGGCCCAGCUGCACCUCGCCAAGGCCUUUGUCUCCAAGCGCGACCUUUCGCGCUCGGCGCUCUCUUACUUUGACUUUUGCUGCUCGCCGUCAUCAGCCGCCGUCGCGCCGACCCACCGCCAGGUCGUCGACAUAUCUGGCAAGGGCACCGUCCACCAGCUCACCAUCGAUGCCCCACACCAGGGCCACUACGUCCUGGCGCUUGUCGUCGUCGACCUCGCCAACGCCGCCUCCUUCACCCCGCCGCCGCCCCCGACAGGCAUCGCUGCUGCCAUCGACAAUAUCACUCGCCUCAUCGAUGGCUCGGACACUGACCACGUCCUCGCCCCCGAGCUUGUCCGCGCCAUGAUGGUCGAGGGUGGCAAGCUUGCCCUCAAGUGCCGCCUCACCGCCUCGCCCGAGUGGUCGGUCCUCGACUCGCUCACCCGCGAGCGCGGCUCGACCAUGGCCUCUCCCUCGCCUGUUUCGGCUGCAAAAGGUCCUGCCAAGUCAAUCUACUCGCCCGAUAUCGACGAGCUGGGGCAUCUUGAGUCCGGAUCAGAAGCCGACGCCGAGCUGCCGAUGCUGUAA